AUCAAGCGUCUCUUCACUGGACACCUUGAUGCCCCAGUUCUCACUUAUCCUCCAUUUGCGGGGACAGAAGCCAACCUGCUACGUGCACAGAUUUCCCGCAUUUCUGCUGGGACCCACAUAAGCCCACUGGGGUUCUACCAGUUUGGUGAGGAAGAGGGAGAUGAAGAGGAAGAGGAGGGUGCAGUUCGGGACACAUACGAAGAGAAUCCUGAAUUUGAGGGCAUUCCAGUGCCUGAACUGGUGGAAAGUCUGUCUAACUGGGUCCAUCACGUGCAACACAUCCUGCCACAAGGCCGCUGUGUUUGGUUUAACACAUUCACAAAGUCUGAAGAGGAGGCUGAAGAGGAGGAAGGAGAAGAGGAAGAAAAAGAGGAGGAAGAAGAACCCGAGCCAGAGGUUGGGCCUCCACUCCUUACACCGCUGUCUGAGGAUUCAGAUAUUGACCAGACACCUCCUUGGACAGCGUCUCUCUCUUCCCGUCUCAUCCCACAGUACGCUCUGGCUGUUCUACGCUCUAAUCUGUGGCCAGGAGCUUACGCCGUCGCCAGCUCAAAGAAAUUUGAGAAUAUCUACAUUGGCUGGGGAGUAAAAUACAGCCCUGAUGGCUUCAGUCCUUCUGCACCCCCUGCCCCGCAGCCAGAAUACCCCAGCGGCCCUGAGAUCAGUGAAGCUUCUGACCCUACGGUGGAGGAAGAACAGGCCUUAAAGGCAGCACAAGAAGAGGCCGCAGCAGCUGCAGAGGAAAUGGAGGAGGAAGAGGAAGAAGAUGAGGAGGAAGAUGAUUAACAAAAUGAUGUUUAAUGUUCUUCACAGUCAAUAAAGUUUUGUUAUUUUUGUGUAAA